UCACACACACAGGAUUGUCUCACACACAGGAUUUUCACACCAUUCUCGUCUUUUUCCUCCUUUACGCAUCAGGUGUGUUGUUAAUUAACGGGGUCUGCGUGGUGCAUUGUGGGAGAUAUCACACGUGCCUGGGAAAGUGGGAGUCCCUUCAGUGAGUGAAUGUUUCUCAGCGUGUUCUCAUGCUCUGUUAUGGGGCUCAUUCUGACCUCCACCUGCGUGAUCUGCGUGGGUCUGUUAUCUCCAGCCCUCGCGCUCUCUCUCCACACACCGGAUCCGGUCACCAGCGCAACGCAGGAGCGUCUCGAGGCGCCGUUUUUACACCUGCCCGUGUUCCUGCAUUUCAGAACCCCGCGUGUGGACAAACGGCAGUUCUCACCGGAGCACGUGAAGAGCCGCAGUCCGCUGCCCAAGCGCGUGCGCCACGUACUCGUGCCCGCGCCACGGCGACGCCCGAAGACCCGCACGAGGCCGAAGGGACCGGUGAGCGUUGUGUGCACUUCAAGGGAAAUGCGCGUGCGAGUUGACACGUCGAACCUGGGAGCCAACAAGGAGCGAAUGCACGUUAGAUUGGGCACGUGUGAAGUGAGCAGACAGACCGAGCAGACCGUUUUAUUCCAGUACGAGCUGCAUGAGUGCGGCUCUCAGAGACAGAUCGUAAAUAAGACGGUUGUUUAUUCCAACAUGCUACGCUACACCCCUGAUGCCACUGUGUUGGGCUCUGAGACGUUCUCCGUACCUGUGCAGUGUCACUUUAACAGGUUUCACUACUCGUAUAAGAUUGGGUUUGUGCCUUCUGUUGAAAGGUUGAAGUUCUUUAAACCCAUGAAGACCAAAGGCAGCGUCUCGCUGACAGCCUGUGAUGCUCAGUGGAACAGACUCCCGGCCUCCGAAGCUGUCGUUAUCGGACAGCCGAUGUACUUCGAAGCAGAGACUCUUUAUGUGCCUGAAGACGAGCGCUUAUACGUGCAUUUCUGUCACAUAACCACAAACAGCUCACGUGUCUCCACACCGCAGGUUAACAUCAUCUACAACUACGGCUGCCUGAUGGACAGCAAGCGCAGCAACAAGUCCAGGUUCACCAACAGCACCAGGAGGAACGUUGUCAGGUUCGUCGUCGACGCCUUCACACUGCAAGGAAAAGUGCAAAAGUACAUGUUCAUACAUUGUGAGAUGUCCAUCAGGAGCAUCAUUGCAACACAGACGUCAAAGUUGUGCAGCUAUAACCAGCUGGAGCACAGGUGGGAGGAGCUUCAUGGAGCAGACUCUGUGUGUUCCUGCUGUGAUUCGUCCUGUGUACCUGAGAUGCCAACACCGAUGCAACCCUUGACAAGUAAACUGGGGACUUUAGUGGAGCAAAACCCAGAAGGAACAAGUGGGAAGAACCUGGGGCAGAACGCAGAGGGAAUCUUCACACCAAAGCCAGAACAUGAAAUACUUAUAACUGAGAACCUGCACAGAACAAUCAGUCCAGAGAGGAGACUCACAUUGGAGCACGAGCACAGAAUCACACAGGAGACUAUGUCGGAAAGCAGGAGUACAGUGCUGACACCAGAGAGCGAGCAUGGAGAGACUCCGCCCACACCAGAGACCCCGCCCACACCAAAGGGUGAGCAUUUAGCGAUCACACCAGAGACUCCGCCCAGUGAACUGGGGAGUGAACACGGAGCACUCGCACCAAAGCACGAAUAUGGAACACUCACACCAGAGGGGGAGCAUGGAGAGAUCCUACCAGAGGCUCCGCCCACACCAGGGAAGGAGUUCGUAGCUCCGACGCUGGACACCAUACAGGACAAGAUUACACCUUACACACAUGAGCCCCUCACCCCCUCAGACAAGAACACAACGUCUUCAGUAGACACACACACACAGCCGCUCGAGCCUUACAAGAUUUUUGAGGAAGUGUUUGGACUCGGCUGAAGAGUUAAGACGCUAACAGAACAUCUGUCACUCGAUGGCAAUAAAAACAUCUGGAAAACCA